UUGAACGUGUCCGCCUUCCCUUCCUUGUCCGACGCGCUCUUUAUAUUUUCUAAUUUUCCUCAACAUGUCCCCUUAAGAUUCGGGCCAAAAUAUCCGCGUAGUAGUACGCUGCAGAUGAAUGGAUUAAUGGAUGCAGGGGCAGCAGCAAUUGCUAAGUGUUUGCAUCCCGCAUGCGGACCUCAUGUGGCCAUUUACCAGUUGACGAUGAAGGUAGAGGAGGAGGAGGAGAACACCGAGAACAAAUUCGAGCUGAAGGACCUUUUGCUGCGUCACCAGGACUCGGAGAAAGCCGUCUCCUAG